GCCGGGGCGGGCCGGGCCGCUGUUGGCUGUUGCCAUGGCUCCGGCAAGCCGGGGGAGCCCAAUGAGCGCUCUGCGGCGGUGCCGAGGGGACCAGCCAUUUUGCUUAUGGAAAACAAUGUGACAUAUUAUGCUGUGCUAUACCGGGGAAUAAACAACAAUCCCGUCGGGGGACGCGGAAGAAACGGGCAUAUUAGCUCUUGCAUGUGAGUUAAAUUAAUUUCUUGAGAGAAAUCUUCAUAAAGGGCUAAAUAAACAAGGUCUACAUACACAGAAAUUUCUUUCUUCUGCUGCAUUUGAGACACAGCUAAACUCGUCUGUCUGGAAAUCUGAAGACUUUUAUAGCAAAUCCUCCAGUGUCAAAAUGAACACAGAUAGCGGUGGGUGUGCUCGCAAGCGUGCUGCAAUGUCUGUCACAUUAACAGCUGUGAAGAGGGUUCAGAGCUCUCCAAACCUAUUGGCCUCAGGGUCUGAUUCUCAGUCUCCAGAUUCAGCUUGGCGAUCUUACAAUAAUGGCAGCAGAGAGACACUGAAUGGAGAUGCCAGCAGCUCAUCUCUUUCAGCAAAAGGCUUCAGGAGCGUGCGGCCAAAUCUGCAGGAUAAAAAAUCACCAACUCAGGCUCAGAUCACAGUGAAUGGGAAUUCUGGCACUGCUGCCAGCCCAGUGAGUCACUUUCAAAGGCCUUUUUCCCCUUCUUCAGCUUACCCUCCACCAGCUUCACUCAAUUCCAACAUUGUUAUCAUGCAGCAUGGCAGGAUGAUGGAGUCCACAGAGACAUACUCACAGCAUGUUCAGAAUGUUGGCACCACCACCACCACCAGUACAAUACCAAUCUGUAGAUCCUCAGAAGAAGAAAAAAAAAUUACAGUAAUUAAAGCUCCACAUUAUGCAGGGAUUGGCCCGGUAGAUGAAUCUGGAAUCCCUACAGCAAUUAGAACGACAGUUGACAGGCCAAAGGAUUGGUACAAGACAAUGUUCAAGCAAAUCCAUAUGGUUCAUAAGCCUGAUGACGACACAGACUUGUAUAAUACUGCAUAUGCAUACAAUACUGGUGGCUACAGUCCAUCCUUCUCUGCUCAGGCACACCCAGCUGCAAAGACACAGACCUACAGACCACUGUCCAAAAGUGCUUCUGACAGUAGCUCUGAUGCCUUUAAGGUCUCGUCCCCGUUGCCACCCCACGUGCCACCACCAGUACCACCGCAUCGUAUGAGGCAACGGUCUACACCAGAAAAGAACGACUGGGAUCCUCCUGACAGAAAGGUAGAUACUCGCAAGUUCCGUUCUGAACCAAGAAGUAUUUUUGAGUAUGAGCCGGGGAAGUCAUCCAUCCUUGAACAUGAAAGACCGGCUUCCUUAUAUCAUCACUAUUCAACAGACAGAGGCCUGGACAGGCCCUCCAGUUCUGCAAGUACUGCGAGUGACUACAGAAAGCGAAGGAAGUCAGAGCCUGCAGUGAGUCACCAGAGGGCACACAGUGAUCAGAACGCCAACAGACCUAACCUGGGCCCGACAGACACACAGGGCUCAUGUUCCACCCUUAGGAAGCCUUUAACUAGCUCAUCUCCUUCUUCUCCAUCACGAGCUAAAGGUGGGGAUAUUAGCAAAGUAUAUCCAUCCCUUUUAAGUUACUCAGUGCACAACCACAACACCUCAAAUGAAUUAGAUUACUGUAGCACUUACAGGCAACAUUUAGCUGUUCCAAAUGAUUCAAGAAGGGCAACCAGCUACAAGAAUGGCUGGCAAAUGACUCGCCAAAAUGCAGAAGUCUGGAGUAGCACAGAGGAAGCUGCUUCUCCAAAGAGGAAAUCUCGUAGCUGUGAUGACCUGUUGACAGAUGAUCAUGAUAGCUAUCCCGAUGCACAGGCCAAGGCUGAAAGCAUGGGCUCUCUGUUAUGUGAGGAGGACUCCAAAGAAAUUUGCUCAAUGAACUGGAACUCCCCAUACGCCGAGAGCCGUGGUAGUGGUAGGUCAAGAGUUCGUCACAGAUCUGCGCACGAUGCUCCAGGUUUCCUGAAGAUGUACAAAAAGAUGCACCGCAUCAAUCGCAAGGACUUGAUGAAUUCGGAGGUGAUUUGUUCUGUCAAGUCCAGAAUACUGCAAUAUGAAAAAGAACAGCACAAAGGUAUUCUUCAAGGCUGGAGAGAGUCGUCUACUGAGGAGGUGCCCAGAGACAUGGUGCCAACCAGAAUAUCUGAAUUUGAAAAGUUAAUUCAGAAGUCAAAAUCAAUGCCGAACCUCGGUGAUGACAUGUUGUCAACAGUUACCUUAGAGCCUCCUAGAAAUGGCUUGUGUCCAAAAAGGCGAUUUUCUAUCGAAUCCCUGCUGGAAGAAGAAACUCCAGUCAGACAUCCCUCUCAGGUACAACGGAGCUACAAGUCUAAAACCCUGGUGCCAAUUCAUAUUGAAGUGACCAGUGAUGAGCCACAACGAUCACAUAUAGAUUUUUCAGACAGCGAUCAAGACGGGGUGGUUUCUGAUCUCAGUGACUUUAUCCAGAUAGAGGGUUCAUCCUUUUGUAGUGAAAGUGACUUUGAUCACUUUUCCUUCGCUUCAUCUGAAAGCUUUUAUGGAUCAGGCCAUCACCACCACCACCAUCACCACCACCACAGGCAUCUCAUCAGCUCCUGCAAAGGGCGAUGUCCAGCCUCCUAUACCCGCUUCACCACCAUGCUAAAACAUGAAAGGGCUAAGCAGGAAACCACUGAAGAUCCAAGGAGACAGGAAGCAGAAUCCGGCCUGUCUAAGAUAGCAUUCCUCGUCAGUCCAGUGCCUUUCCGGAGGAAAAAAAGUGCAGCUCCUAAAAAACAAACUGAAAAGAAAAAAUGCAAGUCAUCUGUGUUUGAAGCACUAGAUUCUGCACUUAAAGACAUCUGUGACCAAAUCAAAGCUGAAAAAAGGCGGGGAAGCUUGCCCGACAACAGUAUAUUACACAGACUUAUUACUGAGCUGCUUCCAGACAUUCCAGAAAGGAAUUCAUCUCUUAAAGCUCUGAAAAAGAGUCCCACGCACCAGCCUUUUCAUCCACUGCCUCAAGAUGGUGCUAUCCAUUGCCCACUGUACCAGAAUGAUUGUGGAAGAUUACCUCUUAGUGCCUCUUUUCCAGACAUGGAUGCAACUAACAACAAUGAUAGUGCACUGUGUUUCCAAGACCAGGAGUCUCCUGGAAGCUAUUCUUCUGCUUUCACUGAUGUGGGACGAUGUACUCCAAGGGAGAGAAGAGGAACUACAGACAAAGAGAAACUGCCAGCUAGAGCUGUAUAUGACUUUAAAGCUCAAACUUCUAAAGAGCUGUCCUUUAAGAAAGGAGAUACUGUCUAUAUCCUCAGGAAAAUUGAUCAAAACUGGUAUGAGGGUGAGCACCAUGGAAGAGUUGGAAUAUUCCCAAUUUCUUAUGUUGAGAAACUUUCUCCCCCAGAAAAAGCACAGCCUGCCAGGCCACCUCCCCCUGCACAGAUUGGAGAGAUUGGAGAAGCUGUUGCCAAAUAUAAUUUCAGUGCAGACACAAAUGUGGAAUUAUCACUUAGAAAGGGAGACAGAGUAAUUCUUCUUAAGCGAGUUGAUCAAAACUGGUAUGAAGGUAAAAUACCAGGAACCAACAAACAAGGCAUCUUCCCUGUCUCCUAUGUAGAAGUCAUCAAAAAGAAUCCAUCAAAAGGUGUAGAUGACUAUCCUGACCCUCCAAUACCCCAAAGCUAUUCUAGUGACAGAAUACAUCAUUUAAGUUCAACUAAGCCACAGCGCCCUGUGCUUUCUCAUGAAAAUAUACACGGUGGGGGGGAACCGUUUCAGGCUCUAUAUAACUAUACCCCUAGGAACGAAGAUGAAUUGGAGCUCAGAGAGGGAGAUGUCAUUGAUGUGAUGGAAAAAUGUGAUGAUGGAUGGUUUGUGGGAACCUCAAGAAGAACCAAAUUCUUUGGUACUUUCCCUGGAAACUAUGUCAAGAGGCUGUGAAAUUUUUUUUCUACUUAUUUAUGCUGCAUCUCUGCAACACAUCUGCAUAAAGCUGCUAGAAAACAUGCUACGCUGGCCUUCUGUUUUCUCGCUUGCAGUCUCAAAUAGAGGCCAUCUAGUCCAUCCUCAUCCCAUCCCACCCGCCAAACCGUCCCAGCAGUAUUACAGCAACGACCACAGUGGGAAUAACUAAGCUUUUCUGAGACAAGAGGAAGCAUUUCAACAUUUAAAUACUCCCUGCUUUAAAGUCUUUUCAUGUGAAACACAAUAGGAAAAGCCUGUUGACAGGUACACAAAUGAGUUGCCAUGGGGGGGUGGGGGGGAAGGGGGAAAAAUUAAUCUUGAUUUGAACAUUUGUGGUACUACCAUGAAGUCUGGUGGGAUUUUUUCAGCAUGCAUGUAAUACAGAGGAAAGUUGCUGUUUACUAUUUUUUAAGAAACUGAUUUUACACAUUCUUAUUAGCUUGGCAGCAUUUGUUGCUUCCACAUUGCUGUGUCACGGGUUUGCCUAUUGUACUGGUUUACAAUGUAUGACAAACUAUAAUAUAGACUUUUUGCCUGCACUUGUAUGCUGUAACAAAUGCACAGUGACUGUAAAAUCUCAAGCAAGCAAAGUGAAAAAUGGAAGAACAGCAAGUGUUCUGAACGGGUGCAAUGGUAUUGGCUAAAUCUUUUUUCUUUUUUUCCCUAAUGAAAAACUGUAGUGAACCUGUAGUGUCUGGUAAAAAGUAAGAAGUGCAAAAGGCACAAAGACUGGGGAAAGAGGAUUUAAGGAAGAGCAAGACAGUGCUGUAAGCAUAGACAAUAAUAACCUGCUAUUGAUGUCUGAUAUUAAAUGGUUGUAAUCAAAAUAUGUUGUAAUAGUAAGCAACAUGAAUUGUAAGAGGUAGUGUUUUUACUUAUCAGGAAAUUAAAGAAGCAGGAAGGUAAACAGUGUUAGUGCAAAGGGUUGUUGGAUUUUGGUUUUUUUCUUUCCUAACAUAGCCACCUGGAAAAUAUUCACAAGCAUCAUGUACUGAUUUAUUUCACUAUAUAUGUGUAUGUAUGUUAAUGAAACCCAAGUUACACAUUCUUUUUAGGAAUUUAGACAGAAAAAAAGUCACAAGUAUUAAAACCAAUAUAUUUUAGAGGUGUUGGGUUUUGGUUUUUUGUCUGAAUGAACAAGUGUUUGAAAACAUACAUUUUCCAUAAGCAAAGGUAAGCAUAAAUAGCAUAUGAAAUUAAGGCACAGAAUGAUAAUGACUAUGGCUUUAUAAAAAUAAAAAUUUGGAUUUGGUUUCUUUGUCACCUUAUAGAUGGCAAAAGCUUCUGCUGCAUUUUUCAUGGGUAAAGGAUCAAAAUUAUCAAAAUGUAUGUAGUCUCUGUAGCAUUUUGUACAUAAUUUUGCUUUUUUGUACAGAGCCAUUUGGUUGUUGAUUUUUAAAAAAUUAAGUUUCUUAUUUGCCCUCUUCACAUACAGAACAUUUCAAUGCGUUUUUCUUUUCUUUCUCUGUUUACCAUAAGCACAUCUGGAUAGUGCAAUUCUGUAAGAUAGCCUUUUAUGCAAAAUUUUAUUAAUUAAAAUAUGGUUUACCAGCCAAAUCUAAAUGUACAUAUGUCUUUAUUACUGAGAAAGGUCAAUAAGGCAAAGGUAAAGAAACAUCUUUGUGCAGCAUACCUUUAUUAUUGCAGAUUUCAUGGCAAAAGCUUUAUAUUCAAAGGCUUUCAAUUUUAAACUAGAUCUGCAUGCAGCUUUGCUGUGAGAUUAAUACUAUCUUUGAUGCCAUUUAUGAUUGAGGACUUAAAUAUCUGUUGCCUGUGAUAUUUAAAAAGUACUGUUUCUAUUCUGUAUCUGAUUUUAGAAAAAUGCAGGUUUUUCAUACCUGAGUUUCAGGUAACUGACUUUGAAUUCCUACAAGCAAAAGGUCUCUGUGUUUUUUUUUUUUUUUCUUGAAUAGACUUCUAAUAAAUUUUGCUUGGAGUACAAAA